AUGCCGGAUUUCAUCAUGCAGCAGAAGGAGAAAAAAUUCGAGGAACACAAAGAGAUGCCACAGAAAGAGGCAGGAUAUGUCACGCCUUCCCUGCCUGAUAUGCACUUUGUGGUGGAUGCUAUUGAUGACGUCUACACAGCACUAUUUCCCAAACAUGGAUACGAAAUAGAGGUGUGUGCUGGUGGUGAAAUCAACCUUCAUCACCCAGAAAUUCCAGAGGAGUUGGCAAUCAUGUCAGAACCCCGGUUCAUCCAAGAUGACGAGGAAGAUGAGUGGGCCAUUUACCCCACCAGAGAUGGCGAUACAUUAUGGAAUAGCAAUGAGAACAAAGACUGCACACCCUCCUACCUUCAGGAUGUCUUCGAAAAUCUUCGAAAUUCCAUCCUGGCCAGAGAUGAGACUCUUGAGAGGGCAAAUCGCAAAUCGAAGUUGAAGAAAUGCUCCACAGAUCAACCAGUGACAGCAGGAACUCCUGAGAUUGAUCAGACUGACGUCGCAAAGAAGGACAGGGUCUUCCUUCAUGAAAGCAAAGGAAAAAUGUAUGUGGCCCGCCCAUUUGAUUUGCUUCAAGUUGAGCUGGGGAUCACGGAUCCUAUUCUGAAUGUGGUUCACUAUGUGGGCAAGACUUGUUCCAAAAACGUUGUAGUCAUCACAGUGAAGAUGGAAUAUCUUCGGAGGAGCCGCCCACUCCGGUUCACCAAAUGGAGCAUCACCGAAGUCUCACGGUGGAUGAGGUAUCAUGUGCAUGGAAAAGAUCAAAAUGAAGAUUGCGGUGCCUUCGCGAAGUAUUUCCAGCCUGGUGACAAUGGGGGCCAAUCUCCAUUUCCAGCAGACAUGCUCGCAUGGGAAAAAAAACACCACAAGGAAGAGCAUGAGGAGAAGCCAGUGCUGCAUUCCCGACGUGCCAUGAUCAACGCGCUCAUUUCCGUUGAUGACUUUCCGACAACUGGCUACAUCGGCAAGCGCAAAGGGGAUAAGUUUGUGAUCACCCACCCUGACCUGCCGCCACCAUUGCUGCACUGUUCUGGAGAUGACGAGUUUGAGAUUUUUGUGACGAAUGAUGGUGACACUGUCUGGAAUGGGAAGGAAACUGAUCCUGAGAACGAGACAGACCCUGAAUAUGUGCAUGAAACCCUGCAGAAGAUGCAGGCUGAGGCUCAGAAAGAGGAGGAUUCAGAUGAAGAGGACGGAAAUGAUGAGCAGGAUGAAGACGUGAUGCCCAUUCAAGAUCGGGACUCUAUGUUUGCAGCAGAGGAUGACGUUUCUGAUGAUUCUUCGGAUGAUGGAGUAGUCAAAGAGCCAGAGCCUGCUGAUCCACUCAGCAACAUCAAGGCUGAAGAGAAAGUCUUUCUUCACAAGAUCGAGGGUUCUUGGUAUAUUGUGCGACCGGCAGACAACAUGCAUGUGGUGGCCAAGUAUUCGGACCCUGUUCUUGCACAGAUGAAACUCGGGGACAAGUGGGUGGUGAUCGUGGAUAGUGGAUCAAAAGAAGCGGGUUCCAAGUCUCGCUAUACUGAGACCCUUCUUGGGGGGAGAAGAGCCGAGGCAGUCACGGAUUCAGUGCUUCUGCAGGAAUGUCAGAAGUGA